GCAGAGUGCCCUUUGACUUUUUAAAUGAGCCACGCACUCAUCAUCAGCUCCACGUCUAGGUGGCUCUACUAGCAGUCCCGAGGCGGAAUGCUUCUUCUUGCAGACACAACGGACUUCCUAAUCCCAUAUAAGGCCGCGUGCGAAGCGCCGGUGAUGUAACUCGGCCGCAGUCUGGGAGUUUGCCAGCCCGUUGUUUCUCCAGUUGACCGACCGUCAGUGCAAGAAAACCUCUCUGUCUGCGCUGCUGCUGCCGCCGCCGACGACGUCUCACUUCGUUUUGAACGGUUAACGGCUACUCAAAGGACAACUCUUUUGAACCAAACUAAAGCUGAAGUGAUACGCCAUGGGAAAAUCAGCUUCAAAGCAGUUUGCAGAAGAGGUUCUGAAGGCUCACAAUGAGAAACGAAAGAAUCACGGGGUGCCCACCUUGACUCUGAGCAGUAAACUCAACAGGGAAGCGCAGCAAUAUGCAGAAGCCCUGUCAAGAACCAGAGUCCUGAAACACAGUGAUGAUUCCAGUAGAGGUCAGUGUGGAGAAAACCUAGCAUGGGCAUCCUAUGAUGAGCCAGGCAAGGAGGUAGCAGAGAGAUGGUAUGGUGAAAUUAAAAAUUACAACUUUAGAAGUCCUGGAUUCUCUUCAGGAACAGGUCAUUUCACAGCCAUGGUGUGGAAGAGUACAAAAAAAUUAGGAGUUGGCAAGGCUACUACAAGUGAUGGCUCCACUUUUGUCGUGGCGAGAUACUUCCCUGCUGGCAACAUUACCAAUGCUGGUUACUUUAAAGAGAACGUUCUACCUCCCAAGAAGUAACAUGGCAUUCAUUCUGUUGACCAUCAAGCAACACACCUCAAACAGUGGACAAUUUUAUUUUAUAGACUCUUGCUUUUCCUCUUUUUUUUUAUUUUGUGUUCCUUUUCAGUUUUCAGGUAUGACUUUUGCCCAAGGAGGUAAGGGAGUUAUGUAGUUGAAUUGAUCUUUUUUGUUUCUCCUUUUAUCUAUCUCUCUCUCACUCUCUUUUUCUCCUUUUAUGCACAAUCUGCUCCCCUGUGCCUUAGUGUUAAAGCCAAAGUACAUUGUGGGUCAUCAGCUGCUUUGUCCGUUGUGCCAUUUAAAGGUAUGGACAGCAGGCGGUCUGUGCUUUCAUAUGCCUGAAGAGGUGUGAGGUGGGGUGGAGGACACCACAGAUCGGUGCUGUUGGGUUUUCCAGCAUGUGUACAGACUAUCAGGCAGGUGGGAUGUCUGCCUACAUUUUUAAGGAAUAUCCUGUGUGCCUAUUGACUAUUGAAACUUUUAGUGGUUGUGGUACCCAUAUGGUCAGAAUGGAGACUACACUGAAGUUAGGUGUGUUUUGACUUAAUUCAGGGAUUGAUCAGUAGGCCUACCCGUCAGGCCUACAGAUAUCCACUGCUGUUUUUAUGAAGUGGUGCCAACGGCGGUCACGUCAGUGUGCCUUACUAGGUCUAGUCAAUCCAGUCUUCUGUGGACCGGGCUGCUGUGCCAAAUGACACUUGUUAUGUUAUCAUCUACCUUCUCAUGACCCAUCAUGAAGUAACAUCUUGGGUGCCAUUUACAAACUGCCUUUCUCUUUCUUUCUCUCUCUCUCUGCGCAUUCACUUGGCAUUACUUCAGGCCACCAUUUCUGCCCUCGCCCUGUUGCAGUGACGGUCACUAUUUAUUGUAUUCCUUUUUUUAUUAAGCCACAUGAGUGACUUGUGACAAAAUCUCAGCUCAGUAGGACAUUUUCCCAGCAGAAUGUCAGCCCUGUUACAUAAUUUUUUUUUAUUUUAAAGUACAGUAUAUUUCACCACCUCUCUACUCUUAUCUUUGCACUCGUUGCUUUUUAAAAAUUCAAUUCCAGUAGUGAUAAAUGUGUUGGGUCUACAUGGGCACGUUGAUAGCGAGCAAUGCCUGAUGGGAGCAACAAAUCUGGACGUGGAGAUGCCUGGGUCUAGUAUUCCCAAAGGGAAAAUGUGGGAGAUUUUACAAUGUGGAUCGACAGGCUCUUUACGGUACUCGUGAGCUUUUUUGCUAUAAACCGCUCUUUAGUAUUUUUUAUAACAAGUAAGUACAAUGUAUAAAGAAGUGGUAUUCAUUCUGCGAAUUCAGAACUUGAACCUUUUCAUUGUAAUUAAGAUUUUUAAGCAGCCUUUAUUAAGUCUGAAAGCACUCUUGUCCCCCCAGUACGGUACUGUAUGUAGGACCUUGCUUUCUCUUUGUAAUUUGGCUCAGGAUAAUCCAUCCAGGAAAAUCCACACCUUUUUAAAGUGUUGUCUUUAUUUUUAAUUACAUGUUGGAAAUAAAUUAUGUAAUCUUUGCACAAA